GGCGGUUACAUACAAGAUGUCAAGAGCAUCAUUGAGUGGCUUUUCCAUCGUGCCCUUCGUUACCUGGAGAUUGCGACCAUCUAUUGGCAGUGACUGGGGAACCGCACAAGUUCAAAGUAUCCUCCUUGGAAAUACCAGCGCCUCUUCAAGGAAAUGGGCCCUCCCUUCAAGAUCCGAUUGUUCCUAAACCCCUGGGGGCAAUAUGAGAAUUUCCAGCAUCUCCCGCCCGCUCAAAGACAUGACUUCGUUAUCAGUCGACUCGAAAAUGCCCGCAGAAGGGAAUGGCUCUGGGUAGUUCUGGUUGCCGGCAUCGGUUUCUUCACAGACGCAUACUGCAUCUUCUCGGUGAAUAUGGUGACUCCGAUGCUCAGUGUAGUCUAUUGGAACGACAAGGUCAACAGUACAGCUUCGUCGCUCGUGCACAAUUAUGAGGUAGCCCUCGGCAUCGUCACUCUAGGAGGCGCGUUGGUCGGCCAGCUCAUCUUUGGAAUCGCGGCUGAUAUCUGGGGCCGCCGCAAGAUGUAUGGACUGGAGCUGAUCAUUCUGAUUUUCAGCACCCUUGGGAUGGCUAUGGCGUCCUCGGGCAAGAAUGACUCCAUGUCCAUGAUUGGAGUCCUUCUAUUCUGGCGCUUCUUCAUGGGUCUGGGCGUGGGAGCUGACUAUCCACUUUCUGCCGUAAUCUGUUCCGAAUUUGCACCAACCCGCAUCAGGGGCCGAAUGCUGGCAGCAGUCUUCUUCUGUCAGUCUAUCGGGGAGGCAGCAGCAGCUUUGGUCGCUCUCAUUGCCGUUGCUGGAUUCCGUCACAGCUUACCAGAUGACCCUAGCAAUGUGGAUUGCGAUAUCAGUUGUGCCCGUGAUAUUGACAAGAUUUGGCGGCUUAUUGUCGGCCUCGGAGCGGUGCCUGCCUUCAUCGCACUCUGGUUCCGGUUAACCAUCAUUGAGUCACCAAGGUAUACCGUCGAUGUGUUGCAGAAUACCCUGCAAGCUGUUGCCGAUGUCUCUCAGUUCUAUCAGCAAGGAAAUCCUUCACAGACAUCUAGCUUGAGCGUCGGUCAGGAGUCGCAUGAGCAGCUCGAGUCUACGCACAGGUCCUCCCAUGUCGAGGAAGGCCGUAUCUUGUCACCAGUAUCGUCUCAUCAAUCACAGACGGUAGAUCGUGAGUGUAAGUCAAUCAUUCCAGCAAGUCGAUGGUCAGAUUUCAAACGUUUUCUGCGGCGCGGACAUAAUCUGCGCAUCCUUAUGGCUACUUCCUUGUGCUGGUUCUGUCUCGACUUGCCCUUCUACGGGCUAGGCCUGAUGAAUGCGGACGUCAUCAACGUAAUUUGGUCCGGUAGCGCCUCGAGUGCCAAACCAGUCGGAAUAUAUCAGUACUUUUUGCGGAUGUCAUACCAAAGCAUAGUGGUCGUCUCAUCCGGAGCAAUCGUGGGCAGCGUCAUCGCCAUCCUAGUCAUCGACCGGAUCGGCCGGCGAACCCUGCAGUUCAUUGGGUUUUGUUGGCUCUUGAUUCUCAAUAUAAUCAUUGGAGCGGCAUUCCACUAUCUGAGCACCGAUGGCAAUUCUUCCGCUCUGGUAGUCCUCUAUCUGUUGACACAGAUCUUCUUCAACUUUGGACCAAACACCACAACCUAUAUCAUCCCCGCCGAGCUCUUUCCCACCCGAUUCCGUUCCACAUGCCAUGGCAUUGCCGCAGCAUCGGGCAAAUUGGGUUCCAUAAUUGCACAAUGCUUUCUGGGGUACGUGAGUUUCGGGCCUCAAGCAGGUUGGGCACAUGUUCCAAAUUGGCUAGGUUAUGCUCUCUUGUGUCUUGCAUUUUUCAUGCUUAUGGGUCUCAUCACAACGUACUGGAUUCCCGACACGAGAGACUCCCAGGGAAACAACAAGUCCCUUGAGCAGAUUGCAGCGGAGAUGGAGCCUGACAUUGAAGACAUUCCCCUCGGGCUCCGAGCUGGCGACAGUUCCAGUGAAUACGCCGACAUUGAUUCUUGAGUCAGUAAAGG